CUUCAAGACCCAAACCACCUCCAAGAACUCCAACAUGCUUACCCGUAACUUCCUCGCCCUCCUCGCCGCCGCCGGCGGCGUCCUCACCGCCCCAGUAGUCGACUCCCGCUCCCCCGACCCUGCCGCCGCCCCAGAACCCGCCCCCGUCGCCGACCCAACAGACAAACCCGCCGACUACGGCGACUAUGGCCAAUACGGCAAAUACGGCACCUACGGCUCCUAUCCCCCUCCAGGCAGCUACGAGAAAUACGACCCCCCUCCAGGCGGCUACGCAGACUACGGUGCCUACCGCCGCUCUAUCCGCGCUCCGAUCCGCCGACGUGAUGACUACGGCAACUACGGCGACUACGGCCGCUACGGAGACUACGGCUCGUAUCCUCCUCCUGGCAGCUAUGACAAAUACGACCCCCCUCCCGGCGGCUACGCGAACUACGGCACCUAUCGCCGCUCGGUCCCCGCGCCGGUCGUGAAGCGGGACGACUACGGCAACUACGGUGAUUACGGCGGGUACGGCGACUAUGGCUACUAUCCUCCUCCGGGCGGGUACGAGAAGUAUGAACCUUCUCCGGGUGGAUACGCGGACUACGGCGCCUAUCGCCGCUCGGUCCCGGCGCCGGUCGUGAAGCGGGACGACUACGGCAACUAUGGUGAUUACGGCGGGUACGGCGACUAUGGCUACUAUCCUCCUCCGGGCGGGUACGACAAGUAUGAUCCUCCUCCAGGUGGAUAUGCGGACUACGGGAGUUACAAGCGGGAAGCGGAGGCGGCGGAGAACUGAGGUACUGACUUGGGGGGCAACCUGAGCGGGCAGUGGUGGAUUUAUUGAGAAGGGUGAGAUGCGAGAUUAGACAUGGUGAACGUGACGGAAUGACGGGGAAGUAAUCGACGAAAUGGGUUGAUGACAUGAUGAUAUGGCGCUCCUUAGCAUAAGCAUGUAGAAUUGAGAUUUAGGAAAUAAUAUGGAUUUAGAAUGAGAUCAAUCCAAAACUAUCAACAGUGG